AUGUUCUCUGGAAGGUGCUUGAAAAAUCAACGAAGGCUAUUAAUCUGUGCUACGUCGUACGGAUAUUCGUAUCAGGUCUCCAAGGUGAACAACCUGGUCGAUAGGUAA